UACGAGUGGAGAGUAAAUGAGCGGAUACGAGACGCAAGUGGGAAUCCAAUGAGAUGCAGGCCCGCGCCCAGCAUCCAGCCGAAAGUGGACCCUAUGAGACUGCACGCUUCUUAUCGAUAAGCCCUAAAUAGAUCCACAAAAUAAUCGACGCAUCCAUGGACCCCACAUCAAAUUCAACAUCAAACAGUCGCCUACCAAAACAUUGCUACACUUCACCUCGUCCUCAACAGCCUUCCAUCCGGCCAGGCACCGGACAGAGCAGUAACCACUUCUAUCAUCACCAGUCCUUUUAUCCCCAGCCCGCAAGCUGAAACGAUCAAUCGAUCCAAAACCCAAAACCUACCCAGGAACUCCAUGGCCGCCGCAGACACAAUGCUUCAUCAAGCGUCAUCCUCUUCCCCCCCACGUUCUGCCUCAUCUUCGGUGUCGGCAAACCAGAACAAGCGUCGCCAUGUCGGCGAAAGCGAUAUUCCAGGCAACUCCAGCAAGAAGCAGCGCACCACAGUAAACUUCAACAUCCAGCAGACAGCAUCACUGCAAAGUAACCACCCGCACCAGAGCAACACCACCGCCGGCGCUGUAACCCCUGCAUUCCAACCAUACGAGUCCCUCCUCGCCAAGCUCCGGCCCAGAUAUGAAGUCAAAACCAUGAGCGUCAUGCCCUCGACUAGCAUCGCCAAGCACGUCGACAAAGCGCUGCAACACCUCGAUCGCUUCAGCCUGUGGGACCAAUCCGUGCUGCCGGGCGUGGUGCUCCUCUCCGCUAAGCCGGUGGCUUCGAGCAAGCUUGUCACUAUUGCCGAGCUGGUACGACGAAGGAUCGGCGAGGGGGAGCAAAAGUGGUUUCAGUAUAAUGUACUGACGGAGACGGAAGAGGAAGAUGCUGGUGGGACGGAGGUGGUGGAGGAUAUGGAUAGGGACUUGACCAAGGAUGGCGAUCACGACGAAGAGGAAGAGGCAUUUGAGAUGAUGGGUAUUCACAACAACGGCAACCAGAGACAACAGCAAUAUGUAGGAGGAGGAGGAGGAGGAGGAGGAGGAGGAGGAGGCCGGGCAUCGCACGACCAACCACCGACGGUUUUUGAAAGAGCUAUUGAGCCACCCAAGACUCGACACAAUAAGUACGUGAGCGUGUUUUUGUCGAGGAUCCCGAUCGAGGAACUGAGGACGAUGCGGAAUGUUGCUGUGCAGAGCAACGAGCAUCACAUUGAGCAUCUGAAAAAGAAGAGGGUAGGCUUGGUGGCUUGAGACCUGCCGACCAACUGCCCAUUUGAAGGAUGCGGCUCGUGGGAAGAGUUAUGUAUUUAUCAUGAUGGCAGAUACUGCCUGUCACUCGGUCGGGGCACUAUCAUGGAGUUCAGGGGCAUAACGAGCAUGUUUGGUUCUAGAGGGACGGCAUUGAGCAUAGGCAAUGACCCACGGUAGUAUAUUCGCGACUUUUGGAGGUUUUAGUUUUACAUCACAGAUUUCUGUUUCGAUGUUAACAAACGAUUAGGGCGCUGUCCGGAGUUAUAGGAGCAUCAUCGGGUAUCAGGUCGUUUGUCUCGAUACCUCGCAUUAUCAAGACAUGAGGAUUACAUUUUAAGGCUC